CCUCCUCUCGCUGCUUACUAUAUCAUCUUAUCCACUUUUCUUGUUGUUUUCAAACAAGCCGACUCGUCCCUUUGUAUCUUGCUUUUUUCUUAUUACGCGAUCAUGGCCAACGCAGCUAUUGAAUGGGUGUAUAAUGCCGGAUCAGCUUGGACGCCUCUAGAUACCUAUACACAGACGUCAAUUGAAGCAUUGUGGUCCCGCAAUGCAGCCUCUUGGAUCCAGAGCUGCCCUUCGUUUGGUGGAGCAUCCGUUUUUAUAGACACCACACGCCUCGUCCUGAUGUGGAGCGGCUACCCAUACACCAUCGCUCGUCGUUAUAGAUACCAGCGCCGUCGAUAACACCAGUGGAUAUCCAAUUUUCGGCAUCUUUCUCCUCCAAAAUCUACGGAUCCGUCACUCGCUUCUUCUUUUAUCGUCAUUUUUUGGGGCAGCGAACUUCAUCAACUUCAUACUACCCUUACCUCCACCAUUUCACAUAGCAUCACAAUCCAUAUUUCAUACACACAUUAUCAUUCCCCUUUUGUACACAUGUAUUGUAGCACGUCUCUUUGUUGUAAAUAGCUUAGCAUUUUUAGCACGUAUCAUUUGUUUGGUAUAUAAAUUUAUUUCCAUUUCCAUUGAUGUCCAUCCCCAUGUCCGUUUCUUUGUUGAUGUGAUACUUUCUUGACCUGACUACAAGAAGUAUGUACGAUGAUGCUAG